AUGGCCGUGCCUACGGGAGCCGGGCGCCGCAAGGUGUUCGACUUCGACACAGCCAUGUUCGUCAAGGGCAGCAGCAUGGCGCGUGCAAUGUCUCCCUCAGCCUCCGAGGCCACCUCGCGCUCCUCCUUCUCCUCGGUCCGCGAAAAUGACGACGGCCUCGCCCAGACCUUUACCCGCUCCAAAAUCUCGUCCUACAUCGAGGCCCCCGAGGACGUCUUUGACGAGUCACCCAGCACCGAGGCCGCCCAGCCCACCUACUUUCAGCAGGCGCCCCUCACGCAGCCCAACUCGCGCCUGCACGGCUUCUGGUAUCCCGCCGAGGGCUUCAAGGGAUGGCGCGAAAUUCCCAUCAAGGGCAAGAUGGCCAGCCGGAGCUGCGAGGACCUGCACAAGCUGUCCAUGACCUGGGACAAGCCCGCCCCCAAGGUCGAGCAGCCGCGCGCCGGCGGCAUCUAUCCCACUUCCACCGCGCCUCUCGAGCGUCUACCAAGCGAAAUUUUGGGUGACAUUAUCGAUCUCCUCGUUGUCGAGAUACCCCCCAACGGCCUCACCACCCGCAACACCGAUCUCAUGUCGCUUCUUCGCACCUCGCGUUCCAUUCACGCACGUACUCUCUUCACCCUCUAUCGCCACAUCACCAUCCCCCACUCUCGCAUCUUCCGCAAGUUCCUCACCACAAUUACCGAGUACCCUGCCCUGGCCACCAUUGUCCGUCGUCUCGACUUCAGCCACUUUAACCCCUCAAUCAUGUUCUCCACGGCUGCCGAGCGUCUUCAGGCUCAGAAUCUCACCAGCCAGACUCUGUUCCACUGCCUCGCCCUGACCCCUCGCCUGCAGGAAUUCCUCGCCCAAGAGUACAUUGACGACGACCUUGGCCCUGAUGUGCUUCGCAAGCUCCUCUUCGACAUGCCCUCUCUGUCCGCCAUGGACUUUUGUGGCUGCUCCUCUCUGUUAUUCAAGAAAUCCUUCAUGGCCAUUCUUGACGAUCCCUGGCCCGAGACCCUCACCAUCACCAAGCUGUCCUUCCACAAGUGUCUGAGCCUUCCAUCCGCCGUCUUUGAGACCAUUCUCCCCAGAAUGCCUCACGUCACCCAUCUCGAUCUCGCUGGAACGCGAGUCACUGACAAGGCGCUUCUAUCCAUUCCCGAAACCGCGAAACUGACGCACCUGAACCUUGCUAAGUGCAAGGAGCUGUCUGCCGAUGUUGUCACCAAAUUCGUCACCUCCCACCCUGCUACCAGAAAUCUCGUUUUCUUGAGCCUCGGUGCCGACCCCAGCACUCAUCUGCUCUUGGGCAAGACUGACCUUGACGCCCUCCUCCCUAACCUGCCAACCACUCUCAAGUCCCUCAACCUUCGAGGCAGCAGAAUGGAUCCUUCUCAUGUUGACCACCUCAGCAAGCUGUCGCACACGCUCGAAGAGCUCGCUGUCGGUCGUGGUCUUGCUAUGAGCGAUAUUCACCGCCUAUUCCUCCGCGAUCAGCAAUGGCAGACUCACAACCUCAAGUACAUUGACAUUUGCGACAUUGAAACCAUCAUUGGCAGUGCCAGCACCCUGCUUGCGUCCGCCUCGGCCCCUCUGCAGGUCGUCGAGCUCUCGGAGCGCGCCUAUGAGCGCGCUGCCAAGCUCAACAAGAACUUGCAGCGUGUUGGAUGGUUGGCCCACGAAUUUGGCAGCCGCUACUGGCUCCGACGCCUCGAUACCGGCGAGCCCAACUUUGAUCACGGCCACCGCCCCUGGAAGAUGGGUGCCAAGAGCUGGGGCAUGCGCAAGAUUCCCACGGUCGUCUCUGAAGUGGGAGGCAUGUACGGUUCUUACAUGUUUGGUCGUCGACUGUGA